GGCUCUGGACACACAGCUGGGGCCCCACAGGUGCCGCACCCUAUAAAGAGUCCGGGGUCUUAGGGGGCUCGAAGUGUAACAAAAACGGCCAGCCCUGGCAGGCAGCAGUGUACUUGGAGAAGACCUUGCUGUGUGGGGGCGUUCUGGUGCACCCCCAGUGGGUGCUCACGGCUGCCCACUGCAUGAGCAAAGAUUACCAGAGUUACCAUGUAUCCUUGGGACAUGCCAACUGUCAUGGAGAUGAAACCAGAGCCCAGUAUUUCGUCAUCACUGAUGGCUACCCGCACCCCAGUUUCAACUGGAGCCUCCCAUGGUUGUUAGACCUCCCCCAAGGGGCAGACAACAGCCAUGACCUCCUGAUGCUCCGCCUGGACAGACCGGCCUUGAUCAGCAGAUUCGUGCAAGUCCUGAGCCUGCCCAGCCUGGAGCCCGAGAUUGGGAGCGCCUGCUACACCUCCGGCUGGGACAACCUGAAGGAAGCUUCCUACCACCACCAGAACACGCUGCGAUACAUGGAUCUCGUCGUGGUGCCCAACGAGAACUGUGCCCAAUCUCAUGCCCACAAGGUGACAGACUCCAUGCUGUGCACCAUGAGCUCCGUGGAAGAUAGGCCCAUUUGUGUGAGUAACAGCGGGGGGCCCUCUCAUCUGUGAAGGUGUGUUUCAAGGAAUUGCAUCAUGGGAACCCAAACAGUGUGACACAAGCCAUCUACCUGGCAUCUACACCAAGGUGUUGUUGUACACGGAAUGGAUCAAGGAUAUCAUCACUGAAGACAGAUCCCACCCCCUGCCUGUCCCUUUAUGCCAGUAAAAUAGUCAGUUUCCA